AUGGCUGGCAAGGGCCCAGCCGUGACUGUGUUGCAGUGGGUUGUUGACACGAGGGACCUUUUCCCUGAAGCGACCGAAACGAAACAGCUCGAGAAAGUCGCAUCCCGCUACCUCUCUCUCGUAUCCGUGCCCGAGAGCACCGCAGCGCUGAAAUACGUCUUCCCCCGAGACGCCAAGCUCUCUCUAGCCUCUUCCCUCCUCAAACGCCACGCCAUCUCCCUUACAACCUCUCUUCCAUGGCCCUCUUCCGAGGCAACCCGUGAUCCCCGCGGGAAGCCCGUUUGCCUCGACUCCUCAGGCCGGGAACCCCUGGCCUUCAACGUCAGCCACCAGGAUGGCCUUGUUGUGCUUUUCGGCAUAGCCGGCUACGGCAGUCCCACCUCUUCAUCUAUCUCUGACUCGCGUUCACAGACGAGGAAAGUAGAGGUAGGCGUUGACGUUGUGAGUUGCGCCGAGCGACGGCAACGUGAUCUCGAGACUAUCCAACGAGCCGGGGGCUGGUCCGACUUCAUUUCCGUGUAUGAGUCCGUAUUCUCGCCUCGUGAGCUGAGCUAUCUUGGCGCCCUUGGGGCGCAGAGCUUGAGUGUUGACGAGAGGUUGAGGUAUUUCUACGCCCUCUGGUGUCUUAAGGAGGCCUAUGUUAAGAUGACCGGCGAGGCGUUGCUUGCUGAGUGGAUUUUGGCAUUGGAGUUCCCCAGCUUUAAGCCACCUCCUCCUGCUGGCCAGGAUCGAGACGGGAGGAACCUGCGGUGCGGGGAGGUUGCGCGGGACAUUGAGGUUGUAAGAGACGGUAAAAGGGACCUUGGCGUGAGGAUGGAAUUGAUGAGUUUGGGAAAGGAUUAUAUGAUUGGGGUUGCUGUGAGAACGCCUGAUAGAGCAGAGGAUGCUGUUGGGUUUGAGCUUGGGAAUUACGAAAUGGUGGAUCUUGAGGAUAUACGCGCAUAUGCCGAAAGUCACCGGGCGUAG